AUGAAUAUGAAUAUUCAACCUAAUACGCAAAGUAACACACAAAUGAAUGAAUGUAAAUUUUUUCAUUAUGCACCAAAUUAUGAUAAAUUUUAUCAUAUAACUUGUCAAACUAUUUUACAAGGUUUUGACUCCUUUGAUAAUUACAAUUAUGAUCAUGGAUUCUUUUAUAAUAUUAACCCUACAGCAAAUUAUUAUGUCACGUGUAAAAUACUUCCACAUUCUUUGAUCACAAAUAUGUUGAAUAAAAAAAUAUACGGAAUAGAUAUUGACAUAAAUAAUUUGGAACGAAAAGAAUUAUUAUCUUUGAAUCAAAGAUUGAAUUUGGAACAAGAUUUGGAACGAAUUCUUCCUUUUCAUCUUAAACAAUAUCAUACUACUAAUAAAGAAAUAAGAAUGAAUUCUUCUUACGAACAUGAUAAUACACAAACAAUUUCGAUAACUGAUAAUCAAACUAAUUUUGAUAAUAACUUCCCUCAACAAACUAGAGCCGGAUAUUUUACUAAUAAUGUCAUUAAUCCACAACAAAUCCCUGAACGAUUACGUUGUAAAGGAAAUACAGAUUCAUUUUGUGAAAAUAUUGGAAAUAAUGUAAUGACAACACAAGCAGUUUCGAUAACAGAUAGUCAAAACAAUGGUUUUCCUCAACCCAUCAAUCCCCUUUCAAGUUCAACAUCUUCGGUGCCACGAAAUAGAGUUACUUAUAAUGUUACUAAUUCACAACAACAAAUUGAUUUCAAUAAUAUUCCACAACAAAUUACAGAUAGAGAAAUGAGAUCGAAUUAUUAUGGAAAUUUAAAUUCAUUUCAUGGAAAUAUUGUGCACAAUACACCCGUAACACAAUCUGUUUUGACAACUGAUAUUAAUCAAAACUAUGGUAAUUAUAUCCAAGAUGUAAAUGGCGCUAGAAACUUUGCUUACAUACAGCAACAAGUUGAUCUUAACAAUAAUUAUAGAGACACAGAUUUACAUAAUGGAAAUAUUGGAAAUAAUGUAACGACAACGCAAACCAAUGGCUUGACAUGCGAUCACCAAGAUAUAAAUGAUAUUAACCAGGCUAAUAAUAUCAACAAUAAUCAUAGAGAUACAGAUUCACAUAAUGAAAAUAUUGAAAACAAUGUAACGACAACGCAAGUUAAUGGCUUGAUACGCGAUUACUAA